AUGUCUGACGAAGACGAACGAAUUGCCUUAGAAAAUUACCUUAUUCUUAAUGAUAAAGAUUUAGCUCUUGAAUCGUUUCCACCUACAAGCCCUUUUGGAAAGUAUCUAAAAGCAAACAAGCUGCUGAAAUCAGGCCAAUUUAAAUCACCUAAAUUUAAAGCAGAGUUAAAAGAACUUAAAAAGCUUAAGCCAAGCUUCCAUAGCACUUUAGAAUUAAGGCAGCUUAUAAAGAGCCUUGAACAUUCUACGAAUUCUACUGAAAAAUCAAAAAUCAUAAAGAAACUUAACGAUAAAUAUUUUCAUUAUAAAUUUGACUAUGAAAUUCCAGAUCUAGCUGAAAAACCCCAGAAUUCUGACUCCCCCCUUUAAAUUGGAACAAAAAUUUUGUUCCAAUUUAAAGGGGGGUUAAUUUUUUUUUUUAAAAAAAAAAUUUCAAAAGCUUACCGAAUUAGAUUAAUAAAUUUGUUUAAUAAAAUGCUAUUUACUCUUUAUCCUUUAAAAAAAGCAAGAUAUAACUAAAUUUUUCAUUAUUAGUUAAUACGCCACUAUUAAUUGGUAUCAAAAAUUAUUUACACAAAAAUUAUUAUUUUUUUUGAUAAAAAAAAUUAAAAAAACAAAAUUUAGAAAAUUUAUCGAUCAAAGCACUAAUUUUGUUUAAAUGAGAUGCUAUUUAUACUCUAUUCUUUAAAAUAAAGCAAGAGAUAAGUAAGUUUUGAAAUGUUAUAAAGAAUUCGCAUUGAAUUUAUAUCAAAACUAUUUAAAUAAAAAAUAUCAUUUUUAUCAAAAACAAUUAAAAAUGUUUUUAAAAAUUUUUAAAAAAAAAAAGUAAUUUUUUUUUAAAAUUUAGCAAUUAAGGAGAAUAAAUUUAUUUAAAUAAGAUGCUCUUUAUACUAUCUUCUUUAAACAAGAGUAAGCUAUAACUAAUUUUUAAUUUUAGUUAAGAAGAAACAUUUAACUUAUAUCAAAACUUUUUAUAUAAAAAUUAUAUAUAAUUUUUUAUUAUAAAAUUAAAUUUUGUUCCAAUUUAAAGGGGGGUUAAUUUACAAAAAAGUGGAAAUUUUACCUAUACUUUGUUCCAAUUUAAAGGGGGGGGAGUGAGUAUAGUUCACAUUUGAACGAAAAACUAUUUGAAAAUGAUUUAUCAAAGGCUCACCGCGAGCUGAAAAUUUAUUCUAUACUCGAUAGUGACGGCAAACAAUGUCUAAACGCAAAUCAGAUGACAAUAGCAGUUUUUCAAAUUUUUGCAAGAGAAAUGCCUUAUCUUCAUGAUAUUCCUGGAGUCCCAGAAAAAUUCGCAGAAGUCCUUGAUAACGGAGAAAAUUAUUCAAUAGAUUGGUUUAAAAAAAUGAGUGUUAGUCAGCUAAAUAAACUUAUGGAAUUGCAUAAAGAGAUAGCUAAAAAUGUUGAAUUUGUUUUAUGCUAUUUUGAGAAGAAAUAUUUGUAUAAGAUAGAUAAAAGUGAUGCUUGAAAUAAAUUAGAAAUUUAUAAAAAAGUGUGAUUUGAGAUUCAAGAUUAUUCUGAAAACAUAAAUCAAAUAAAAAGCAUUGUUUUGAUUAGCAUUUUGAAAAAAUCAAAACUCAGUGGUGAUACUGCCUGUCCCUUAGUGCUUGCAGUCAGAUGGGAGUCUAGAAAAUAAAAGAAGGAGAGCAGUAUGUUGUGAAAGCAUCUGGAUGAGCUUUUCUUGGUCUGGUAGAAUGCAAUGUCGGGUUAACCUCCCAAGCUUACAUCUAGGGCAAGGCUUUACUUCUAGAAGAUGGAACUUGGAAGCUAGAAAGGGAUAGUCCUGCAAGGCCAGGGGGCAUUCGCUUGCCCAAUCAGGUAAUUACCAAGCACGAUACUGGAGCUGCGCCCUGGACUGCAAGCUUCAUUCAGACCAAUAUGACCAGUAAAUUUGCUUUUAUAAUUUUCGGAAAGGGUAAUACGGCACGGUGAUCCAGGGUGGCGAGCGCAUGCCUUCAUCAGAGAGGAGUGACAUAGCCUUUAGGCUGUGCAAUCAGACUGGCGAACAAGAGGCUGGAACGAAAUAAGGGGUGUGAAAGCCAGCAUGGCUGGCUUAGAGCUAAUCUAUAAUAAUUUAACAUUAGCAUUUUGAAAUUAAACUUGAGAUUUGGUGUUUAUGAUGAAGAUUUAUUUAUUAAAUAUUUAAAUAAUCAUAGACCAACCCCCUUAAUAUACAAGAAUAACCCAAAAUGAGAUCAUAAUGGUCGUUUUUAUUAUCAUAUGAAAAGUCUUCCCGAUGAAGAAAAGCUUAUAGAGCAAUAUUUAGAAGAAAUAUUUAAAAAUAGGGUGGAUUUCAAAGAAUAUGAAGAAUUUUUCACAAAUGAUUUUAUUAGAGCACAGUUUGCUAGAGCAAAAAUUUUGUCUGGGGAAUCUUUAUUAAAUUAUAGCAAAAAUUUACCACAAGCCGAAAUAAAUAAAAUUGCAGAAUUGAUUGAACUGGAGCCAUGCAGAGAAAAUCCAAAAUUAUUUGAGAGAAAUCAAUUGAUAAAAUUCUCAUUAAUUACCAAAAAUAUAACAAAACUUUUAGUCAAAAUUCUAGAAAUAAAUACAAAGUCCUAUUAUUUAGAAAAAAAUAUGGAAAUUGAUCAAUCUAUAGAGCUAGAUGGCUUAUUAGCAAAGCAUGAAAUUAUUUAUGAGUUUAAUGAUUCACCAUUAAUUCGUGUUAAAAGGACGUUUGAGUUCCCAGAAAUCACGGAUUUAUGUGGAAUCUUUGUUAUUGAAUUUAUUGGAAACGGCAGAUGCUGCAGGACGAUCAUUAAAAAAGGAUUUUUGAAAUAUGUUUCAAAAAUCACCGAUGCAGGACAUUUAUUUAUGAUUUUGGACGAAAAUAACCAAAUAUGCAAAAAUCCUGGGUCAGGUGUGACUGUUGAUGGAAGGUUUUAUUCUACAGAAAAUGAAAAAGGUCAAGCUUUCGUGCCUUUUGCAAACCAAAUGUCUGAAAAAAAUAUAAUAAUAAGUGAUGGGACAAUUUGUGAAUUAAUUCAAAGAUUUGAACAUUUAAGUGAAAACUAUAAACUAAAGGCAGCCUUUUUUGUAAAUCAAGAACAAUUUAUAAGCAAGAAGAAGAUCACAAUUUCUAUAAAGCCAAGACUCUACAUAAAUGAUGUAAAAGCUUUAAAUUCUUUAUUGACAAAUUGCAAAGCGACAAUAUCUACUGUGGAUCUUGAUAAUUGCACAUCUUCAUCUGUAUAUGAAAAUCUAUAUGCGUUGUCGUAUUAAUUCAUGUAGCCGAUAUAUCUCACAAGGUUAUGCGAUCUUGAAGAAGGGAAAUUGGUACUCGAGAUUGUGCAACUAGUUUUUCAUAGCAGCGCCGACUGAUCAUUAUAAAUUCACUUUGUGUCAAGCUGUUUCUUAUCGGAAAAUGGAGCCGAAGUUGAAAAUAGAGAUCCCAGCAGUGCCAAAAGUGAGUUUUUUGGCCAAUCAGGAACAUUUUCCAGCUUCAGAUAAGGAGUUACGCCCUAGGCUUCAGAUUUCUAUUUUUGCCAAAAGUCGACCAGAAAGUAGAGCCAUUUCGAAUUUUCACCCAGACAAUCUAUGAUGGCGUGCGGCACAGAUACAUAAAUCUUCUGACUAGUGAGUAAUGAGUGUAGGCCCUUGUCAGGUAGAAGCAACCUUCCAUAUAGUGAAAAUUGAAGGCCAGGGAAGGUGGUGCUCCUUCAAGAAUUAGGGUGUACUUUUUCGAUAAGCAUAGCUAAGGUGCAUGAAAAUCUUUCAAUUCCCAAAAAAAACUCCCUAAUAAAUCUUGACUUCAUAGUCCCCUCAAAUUUGCAAAAAAUUUUUAUCAGCUUUUCAGGAGAAAUCGAAAGCAUCAUCAACAAAAAUAAAGUUUCUCUCGAAGAAAAAUUUGAAAUGAAUAUAAAGGAAAAAUCGGAAUCUGAAUAUAUUUAUGGUGCUUAUUUGAGAUAUGGAAUGAAAGGCUAUCAAAUAGAAUUAAGGGGGAGAAAUGGAGAAUUUUUGCCUUGGCAAAAAAUUGAACUGACUUUAAGACAUAGGUAUUGAACAGAUACUAAAACAGAAAUUUUAAUAUCAGAUGAAACAGGAAAUGCUUAUCUAGGCGAUCUAAAAAAUAUUUAUGCCAUUAAAGCGUCAAUAAAUAUCAACCAAGACUGCCAAAACUUUCUAUGAAAGAUAAAUGACUUCACUUGCAAGAUAAAUUAUCCCUGCAAAAUUAAUCUCUGCCAAGGAGACGAAUUUGGAGUGCCUUUUGAUAUUAAUGGAAUAAGAGAUGUGCACCUUGUAUGAGUCAGCCUCACAGAAAUGAAUAAUGGAACCGUUAUUGAUGAUUUAACAAAUUAUAUAGAAAUUGAUUAUGGAAAAUCAAUGAUAUGAUUACGAGGCUUACCAAUAGGAAGAUUUCGUUUGAAAAUUAAUCAAAAUUAUAUUGAUAUUGAAUAUACAUAAAAUGGUGAGUGAUGUUCACAUGUCCUCUCAGAGAAAGCUACCUAUGCAUAUGCAGGCAUGGUUUUUGGAGCUGUGAGUUGGUUCAGCAAUAUCUGGUGUCCAAAGGUGAGGGACUAAAGCACGAAUCCUCUGUUUUGUGGCCUGAAUUCUAUGGGCAUUACUUGAGAAUUCUUUUUGACAGUAGUGCAGCCUGUGGACACAUGAGAUGGAGCAGUGGUUUGCCUUGAAUCGCAUAACUCCCCCCCGUGAGCGAACAAAAAACCUUGUUCGCACACGAAGGAUGCUAUUUUUUUAAAAAUUUAUAUAUAUAUUUUUUCGAAAUUUAAUUUUUAAGAUUUAUAUUUUAUAAUUAAUUUGAUCAAUAGAGAGAUUUCAUUAUACUAAUUAUCAUUAUAUAUCAAAAAAUUUUUUUCACUCACAGAGAGUGGAUUUUUCAAUAGUUUUGUUCGCUCACGGAGAGGGGGAGUAAGCGGUUGAGUAUUUUUCUAGCGAUAGACUGAAAAAGAGGAGACAAAUUAGACAAGAGGGGCACUCCUAUAUAGAUUCCUUUAAUGCGGCGAUCUGGCUAGGUGUUUGACACAGUAGAUGGCAUAAUAAAGGCAAGCGACUGAAUUGGAAAUGGUGGACCCAAAAAAGCAUCCGAGAUACCAGGGGUUCAGAGGUACCAGAGGUGGAAACCAACUAAAUUCGCUUGGGCCACCACACAAAUCUAAAAAGCUACUUACUCCCCCCCCCUCCGUGAGUGAACAAAAAAAUUUGUUCACUCACAGAGGGGGGUUAAUUGAAUUUUUUAUAAAUUUUUUUUUUCGAAAUUUAAAAAAAAUCUCACUUCUAUAAAAAUUGGAAAGCAAAUAUUAAUUUAAUUGUAAAAUUUAUGUUUUAAAACGCAAUUUGUUUAAAAUUAAACAGAAUUAGCUCGAGAUUUCAUUAUACUAAUUAUUGCUUAUAUAUCAACAUUUUCCCAUAAAAUUUUUCUAUUAAAAAAAUUUUGUUCACUCACGGAGGGUGGAUUUUUUGGCAAAAAAUAGGGAUUUUUCUAAUGGUUUUGUUCACUCACGGAGGGGGAGUUAGAAAAUCGCCUGUGGAAGCAGAGAUCUUAAAUAUUCAGCAUCCUGCAAUUUAAUAUUGAUAUUGAAGUUCAUGACGGAAUUCAUUUGUUGGAUAAUCAAUUUAUUCUAACUGACCACUAUGCUGUAAAAACUCCAAAGCAAUAUAGAACUCUAAGUAUUGGCGCUUAUGAAAUCAAGGAUAAUCAGUUAAAAGUAAAUUUAUUAGGAGACUCACAAAACUCAAACACUUAUGCAUUUUUUUCAAAUUAUAUUUUUAAUGAGAAUGCUGACGUCUUUGAUAACCUCACUCCCCUUUAAAAAGAAGAAACCAUAAGGAAAUACUAUUAUAUAGGAUAAUAGGCGCCUUUAAGAGCAAGUAAAAGAAUUAUGAUCUUUUAUGAUAAAAUAUUUAUAUAUAUUAAUGAUUCUUAUAAUAAUGACUAUAAUUGUAGACAGCUAUAUAUACUUUUUUUAAAUUUGAUGAAAAAAUUAUUAUAUACUAUAAUAGUUUUUUAAUAUAAUAUUUAUUAAAAACAAAAUUAACCAUAUCUUUGUAAGCGAGCAAAAAUAUAACUCAACCUCAAAGGAAGAGAGUCAGUGCUUUGCUAGGUGAAAUUGGCAAGACAUACAAUUUUUCAAAAAAAAAGUCUAUAUAUAAGAAUAGCGAAUUUUUAGAUGAAGAAUACAGAUAUAUAAUUGAUAGAAAAUACCAACCCAAAGAUGUUGGAAUAGGAUUGAAAAAACCUCAAUUGCUUUUAAAAAGAUUGUUGAGAAAUGAAACUCACACUGAAAAUCAAAUUGCUAAGCAUGGGGAUAGGUGUUAUAUGGCUACAAAAGGAGGAAAGGGAUUGGCAAGCAGAGCCAGAAAAAAAUGCGGACAUUCUUCUUCUGAUCUUUAUGCUUAUAUGGAUAACUUGCUCCCCCCUCCGUGAAAAUGGCUUUUCGCUCACGGAGAGGGUUAUUUUUUUUUAAAUAUAAAUUUUAUUAAGUUUUUUUUUUCAAAAUUUAUAAUAAAUCAAAUUUGUUAAUUUGCAAUGUAUAGUUUUUAAAAUGUAAGCUGUUUAAAUGAAACAGAAUUAGCUAAGAGAUUUCGUUAUAAUAAUUAUCACUUAUAUAUCAAAUUUUUUUUUCAUAAAAAUUUUUGUUCGCUCACGAAGGGUGGGUUUUUGGGCAAAAAAUAGGGAUUUUUCCAAUGGUUUUGUACGCUCACGGAGGGGGGAGUUAGGAAAAACAAUUAAUAUCAAUUAUACAAAGAAGCCUGCAAUUGAUUUCUUAAAAUACGCUGCAGAAUGGGUGUUUUCUCCCGUCUCAGAGCAUGGGACAGUUUCUAUUCCAUUAAAAGACUAUAAGUAUCCACAUAUUUUAUUAAUCGCAACUAAUGGAGACAACACUUCUGUGAGAUUAAUAACAAUACCUCAAGCAGAAAUUCAAAUGCAAUCCCUUCAGCAUCAAUCAGUAUUGGAUUUAACUCAGUACUAUUCAGAGCAAAUACAAUGCAGACCUGCAUAUCCAGGAGAAAUAAUUACAAUAAACAAUUUCUCAAUCUAUCAAAUUAUUUCAUCAAUUUCUAAACUUUACCAUCUGCAAAAAGAGCUGAUAAUAUUGAGCAAUAAUAAUAUAUAUAUUAUAAUAUUAAAUCUACAUAAUAAAAAUAGAUACCUUAAGAGAACUAGCAAUGGUGAAGAAUUCAAGUGAUUGAGGAAUAGAUUAUGACGAAUGAAGCUUUUUAGAUAAGUGGCAAAAUCUAAAAUUAGCAAAAAAACUUGAAAUUUACGAUAAAUUCGUAUCUCAUGAACUGAAUCUAUUUUUAUAGCGCCAAAAAUUAAAUCAAAUUUUAUAAAAUAAAGUAAGAUCUAUAUUAUUAUGCACAAUUUGGGUCUAUCUUUUUCGCAGCCUAGAUUAUAUUAAAGCACUUUAUAUAUAUAUAAAAAAGACACAAACUUUUUUGAUGAGAUAAUUGCCCCUUUCUUGGGAUGCAAAAUGGAGAAAGAUUUUAUUGAUAAAUAUUUAUUAUCAGAAAAUCUUGAUGAGUAUAUGGAUAUUCAUAAAAUCACGAAUUUAAAUGCUCUUGAAAAAGUUCUGCUUAUUGAGAGAAAUGUUGAAAAAAAUCCAUUAUUUGCAGAAGAGUUGGCUAGAUUAUUAAAAAAUGAAAGUGACUCAUUACCAGUUGAGUAUAACGUGAGAAAGCAAAGAAUCGAGCUGGCGCUGAGAUUUGAUUCUAAUAAGGUGGAUGAAAAUAUAUCACCUGCUUCUCCAUCUGGUAGCCCUAAAGAAGAAGAAGAAUUUGGCAGCGCUGAAGAAGACGAAGAAAAUGAAGAUGAAGAAGAUAUACAAGAAAAAGCAAAUAUUAUGAGUGCUAGAAGAGAUAUUCCAGUUUAUUAUAAAAAUCCUCCAGAAGUCAAAGAAUUUUGCGAAACUUUUUACUAUGGGAUUAAAAAUUUGAACAAAAAUAAAGAGCUAGUCAAAAAUAGUCCAUUUUGGUCAGAUUUGGCAUUAUCAAUUCUUAAUAAAAAGCCAUAUGUUUUGAGUGAAGAUGUGCUAGCAACUACAAGGACUCUUACAGAAUUAAUAAGUUCAUUAGCAUUCACAGACCUUCCUUUAAUUGAAAAUCCUAUUGAAACUGCAACAUCUAGAAAUUCAGUUUCCUUUAAAUCCAAUAGCAACUUUUUGAUUUUCUAUAAGGAAAUUGUGGCUACACCGAGUGAAAAUUAUGAUCCAAUAUUGAUGAGGCAUAAAUAUUUUGAUCCAGCUGAUAGAUAUACAGAGAAUGAAUUUGGGAAAAAAGAUAAAAUAGUCACUGAAUUUAUUAACUCUUGAUAG